AUGGCCGCCUCAGACGUCCGCAUCGAAACCAUCACAAACCCUGAAGACUUCACAGGCGCCUUCAGAGCCAGUGCCAAUGCCUUCGGCCACCAAACCAAAGAUGCCGUCUGGAUCGCCUUCAACCCCGACUGGGAUACCCCCGAGGGCGUAAAAGUCGGUGCCCAACGCAUGGUCGACCGCUUCUCGUCAAUCACCAAGAACCGUGACGGCCAGCCCAAUACCGUCUUUGUCAAAGCCACCCUCGGCGACACCAUCGCCGGCCUCGCAAUCUGGCAGCAAGCUUCCGUCGUAGACGGCUUCGGCGAUGCACCCAAGGAUCUGAAUGAGGGCGGGCUUCUGGAGAAGCUCUACCCUGGGAAUGAGGCUGAGCAGAGGUUUCUUGCUCAGGCGGAUGCCUCGCUGUUUGGACGCCGAAGGGAGAUCAUCAAGGAGAAGGCUUCUGCAUCCCCACCGGCGGUUUUCGUGAUGGAUCUCUGUGCCGUGGAUCCGCAGUUUCAGAGGAGGGGAAUUGCGAGGAAGUUGGUACAAUGGGGACUUGAUGAGGCUGAGCGAAGAGGUAACCUGGAAUGUAUCACUGAGGCGUCGACGAUGGGAAGGUUGGUGUAUCUGCAGCAGGGUUUUAAGCAGGAAGGGGAGGAGACUGUGUAUAAGGUUGAUGAGGAGUUUAGGGAUCGAGAUCUGCCUUCGAAUAUCGUUCUCAGGACAGGCGGGCAAUAG